AUUAUUUUAUUUUAUUUUAAACCAAUAUAUGCUCACUGUUGCCUUUCUCUUUGAGAUCUCAUUCUCUGUCCCUCCUCUCUCUAAAUUUUCUGGUUACUUGAGAGAGAAAACGCGCUUCCAAGAAAUGGCCACUCUGCACAAAUUCAAGCUUCUGGCAACUCAGUGUGCCGUCGCCGGAAGCCCAGGUCGCAGUCCCACCACAAGCCCCGUCGUUCACCUCCGCCGUCGCAAAACACUCCGCAUGCUUCUUAACCGCUCUUCUGCCACCGACCGUCGACGUUUUCAUCGCCGCCAGACUGAUAGCUUGGAUCCUCCUCCUUCACCUCCGCCACAGCCAAACACCUCCAACGCCGACAGCAAGAAGAACUCCAACGGUAAAAAAAGCCGGCGAAAAUUGAAGGAACUCUUCGUGGCAUCGCCGCCGUUUGAAGAAAGAGAGAGUGAUGAUAAAAUCUGCGAAGAAGUAACGGAAGAUUUAUUACCGGUUACCAGUAGUUCCAGUGAAAGGUUUUCAGAUCGGAGAUCUGGUACUUUGACGCCAGUGACGACGUCGUUUCGGUACAGGUUAUUAAGGAGAGCUUGGCGACCGAUGCUGCUCACUAUUCCAGAGUAAAUUAGUUGUCAUAAAUUUCAAUUUUGAUAAUUAUGAAUUAAAAAUAUGUAAAAAAAAUUGUAGCUAUUUUGUUAAGUGAAUUUUUGCCUUCUUUUUUUUUUUAACUUUAAUUUUGAUUUAAUUUUUUUCCUUUUGUUUUUGAAUUAAUAUUGAAUUACAAUAAUUUUUUUCUGGGCUAAGCUUUGGGCACUUCCUCCAUCGCUAAUGUUUCCUUUGGAAAUUUUGUACGGACUGUCUUCCUAGGAUUUCAGAAAUCAAGAAAAGAAUUGGUGGAGUUGAUGACUUGUGUGUACUCUGCAGAUGUGUAUUGAGGAUUAUAAUCAUCUUUUCUUUUUUUUAUGGGGUAUCUGGGUUGGUUAUCAGGAAUAAAGUGAGAUUUAAUGGGGGAAUAAAAUAAAUUGAACCUAGUUGCUGGUGAAGGAAGUUAUUCAAGCGGCGGGAAAAGUUUUCCUGGAAAAAAGAUAACAGAGAAAAGAGUAAUGAAGAAGCAUAAUGAGAAAACCAAGCACUAGCAGCAGCAAUAUUGGAAGUAGUGAUUGAAACAGGAAGACCAUUUCAAAUCCAUCUGGCGUGGCGUAAAUCAGGUACAGUCGAAGAAUUUCAAUUUGUUUCAUGAAUUAGUGUCAGCUAUCUGGGCGAAAGGCAUGUAUCCGUGCUUAAUUAAAAGUAAAGACAAAAGCAUUGGGAGAAUACUUGAAGAUAUUGCUUUGAAAAUUCAUUGGACAGCAGGCGCUUAAAGGACAUGAGCAAUAUGUGUGUGUCGAAUAUAGUUGAUUGUAGGGUACAAAAGAAGGGUAUUUAUUUAGCCACUCAAUGAAUAACUUCGUUUUAUUUCGGUAGUUAUAGUUUUCUGAAGUGUUUUAGAGUCAGAUAGUACGAUAAAUUGCAUGCCGUUUUAGUCUAUUGUUAACAAUGUACUUGAGCACUUCAUCCAACAAAAAUUCCUAUGCCUUAACAUCUUUAA